AUGGCACCGCCGCCAGAAAUCGCCAUUCCUUCAACGAGCGUUUCCGACGAAGGCUCCAAGAAACCUUACACACUCUACAAUAUCACUCUUCGACUACCUCUGCGCUCCUUUGUCGUCCAAAAGCGAUACUCAGACUUCGAUGCCCUCCAUCAGGCUCUGACGCAACAAGUUGGAGCUCCGCCACCGGAACCCCUACCAGCGAAACACUGGUUGAAGUCGACUGUCAACUCAGUCGAAUUGACCCGAGACCGCCAGGCAGGACUUGAGAAAUAUCUACGAGCCAUUGCGGAGUCACCCGAUCGACGAUGGCGCGACACAUCAGCUUGGAGAGCCUUCCUGAACCUGCCAAGCUCGAGCACCACCAACUCGGCGAUAUCAGCGGGCGGUAUGAUUAAGAGUGCCGUCGCUGGUGCUGCUGAUCCAGGAACAUGGCUGGAUAUUCACCGAGACCUGAAGCAGAAUCUUCACGAGGCUAGACAAUGUCUAUCGCGACGAGAUGCUGCUGUAGAUAAUGGCAAUUCAACAGUCGCCGCAGAAGCAGGCGCAGCGGCCAAAAGGGUUCUCGUCCGAAGUGGAACGUUGAUCGCAACACUUGCGGAUGGGCUACGAAAGAUACAAGAGGCAAAACGACUCGGCGAGGGUGAGCUGCGGCGCCGCCGGGAUCUAGUUUCCCAAGCUCGAAUGGAACGCGAGGGCUUAGAUAAGCUUUCCAACAGCAUGCCCAAUUCCACAUCAGCUUCAGGAAGAGGCGGCUUAAGUCAAGGCCAGGCCUCAGCAACCGACAAAGCUGGACUACUGAAGGGAGGUCGUCCUGCUGGUCGUGUUCUUGGUGCUCCUUUGCCAGAGACUGAUAAGACACGAGAAUUGGGCAACGAGGGAGUGCUACAACUACAAAAGGAGGAAAUGCAGAACCAAGAUCUUGCUGUUGAACAGCUCACUGCAGUUAUUCGACGACAAAGAGAGAUGGGCGAGCGAAUCCAUGAAGAGGUCGAAGAUCAGAUCCGUCUACUGGAUGAACUGGACCAGGACACCGAUCGCACAGGGGCCAAACUGAAGGUCGCGAACAACCGGAUCAAGAAAAUGUGA